AGUCGCCGUCCUGCUAGUCUUCCCCACUGCAGUGACUGCACCGCACUUGGUGCUGCGGCACAGUCUCAUAUAAGCAGCAGCGCCUCUGCUUGCGUCUGCAUUGAUCUGUUGAUCGGUUGAUCGGUUGAGCCCGAGGUUCCCACGAUCACGACGAGAUUGAUCGUCUCUGCGCAUCUCCCCGGAGCACCUCUCCAGCGCACCGUGCCGCGCCCUGCUUCUUGGAACAACCCGGAUAGUCCGGUAGCGACUGAACCAAGUGCCCAGCGACCCGCUUGACCAGUGCAGCCAGCGCAGGUCGUGGUUUCGUCACCGGUCCCAUCUCCUCGCGGCCUCAAUACCUGUCGACACGGCCGUUGCUUGGUGAUAGAUGCUCGUGCUACGUUCCCCUCCACCGCCCGGUCCUCUAUUUACACCUGACAUGCCCUGGUAACACGGCGAGUGUCCAGCACCACCACCAUGGUCUCCUCCCGCGCUGCGCACCUGGGGCAUGCGCGGCUGCACAAGCGCGGCCACUCGGCCUCGUCGUCGCUGGCGAGCCCGCUGAGCCCGCUGGGCCCGCUGAGCCCGGUUGUGGACGGCGGCGCAUUCACGUUCAGUCGCUCAGAGACGCCCAAGACGACCAUUGAGGAAUGGACCGAAUUGCCGCGCCAGACGCCGGCAAACACGUCCUCGCACCCACUCAACAUCAAGCCGUACGUGCGGAAACUGUCGUCCAAGAACGCAAACUCGCUGGACCUCUCGCGCCCGGCGGCUGAGAACGAGAGCCUGGCAAGCCUCGGCAUCGCCGCCGAGUACAGUGGACCGUACUCGCGCUCCAUCUCAGACGUCCCUUUCAGCCCCGUCAGCGGCCGCCACCGACACACCCGCUCGACCUCGAACAACUCGCAGUUCUCGACGUCGUCGGCUGGGCUGACACGCCCGACGCCCAUGCCGGCCAUGCGUCCGACGCCGCAGCCCACCGCCUACCUGCCGCCCGCCUCCAGGUCGUCGCCAUCGUCGGAACUCGGGGCAGAGCACGCGGGCGACGACAUCAUGUCCGACGAGGAGUUCCGGGUGCGACAGAACGCGUACGAGCCCGGGCGCCGCUCCGGCUCAAUGUCCUCUGUCCCCGGCGCAUCCCUGCGCAUCCACACCAACAACUCCAGCACCCGGCUCGCCAACAACUACUCCCAGUCCACCAUUUCCCUGACUUCACCCGUCGCCCAGGCGCGCUCCCGCGGCGACACGCUCAAGUCCAUCGACACGACCACCUCGCCCAGCUCACGCACCUCGUUCGACCAGGGCCUGCGCUUCAUCCGCGGGGGCCGCGACUCGCCCAUCGACGCCGCAUCGCGCGCAGCCUCGAUCCGCGCCGCGCGCGCCAAGUUCGACGAGGAACAGCUCGCCAAGGAGCGGCGGUACGAAAAGGAACUCAGCAAGCAAGCGGAGCGGGACUCGCGCCGACAGGCCAAGAGACAAGAACACCAGCGCCGCAAGUCCGAGGCGACGGACCGCGCAGACUACAAGCGCAGCCGCAGCGUCUCCGACUCGGCGACCAACGAGAAACAGCCCCGUCCCAGCGUCGGCGGCAGGCAGUACUCGGACCACCGCGAGGCGCAUGUCAACAGCCUGCCGAAGCACGUCAGCACUGUUGAUCUGGAGAAGGUGGGCGUUACGCCUGAGGUUACGACCAAGCGCGCGGCGAAGGGGCGGUGGCUGAGCUUCGUCACCUGGUUCAAGACGCGACUGCUGAGGAUGUCGAGGAAGGUGUCUACGUAGCUGCGCGUCGUCGGGGAGGAUGUCGAGGGCGGUGUCGACGUAGCUGGGCAACGUACCUAUUUGGGGUCGACCUGGAUCCACUCCACCACCUUUGCCACGUCGACGUGCAUCCAUCAUCAUUAUCACCAUCGGGCAUCUCCAUCUCUCCACCAAAGCCCGGAUCACCCUGACCGGGC